AUUUCUUUUUAUUAUUUGAUUGAUGACUUAAACAUUAUGUUAUAUUUCCACAAUUUAAUCAUUAAAAGGUCCAUCCAAUUAAUUUAUUUGAUUUAUAUAGCUAACAAACUGACGUCCUUUUGGGUGAUUUUCGAACCGGAAGUUCAUCCAUAUUUUCUUGCGCUGUCGUGUUGGUUUGCUAAUCGACGCGACAUCAGACAUGGAUUUGUGGAACGAGGAAAAUUGCAGUUUUCUUGACAGUUCUAACAUUAAUUUCGAAACACCUUUUACAUUAGACGAAACAGUGGAUCUUGUUGACAUAGAUAGUGAUGAUUUCAAAUUGUGUACCGAUAAUGAGCUGUUUUCAGAAGAUUUUUCUCUGCAAGAUUCUUUAAACAAUGAACACAGUGACAGUUCAGACAGUGGAAUAGGCUCAGCAAGAGUAUGUGAUGGCAAGUGGACUUCGUUUAACGAAAAGGAAGAAAAUGCACAAUUCCAUCGACUAAAACCAGAAUCGGAUAACAAAUUAGUUUUACAACCACAGAACCAUGUGCGAGUCGAUUUAACCCCAGAGACAUUGGAUCCUCUAAAAUAUGCAACAGGAGUAAUUCCACAACAAAAAUGUUUGAAUAUCAGUUCUAUAAUGGAUUCAAAGGUGAAGAUUAAGCCCAAACCUAUUGAAAGGUCACUGAGUACAGUUACAAUUCAAAAUAAUCAAGCUUUAAAUGAAGAUUCCAUUCAGUCAGGUACAAUGGGAAUGCUAAUAAAUCCAAUGCACAACCAUCUACAAAUAGACCUGGAGUCAAGAACAACAAAACGUCAACAGCGAAUGAUAAAAAAUCGUGAAUCUGCAUGUUUGUCAAGGAAACGCAAGAAGGAAUACUUGAACCUUCUUGAAAAGCAGCUGCAAGAAUGUACUGUUCAAAAUGAAAAACUAAAAGAAGAAAAUUAUAUGCUGAAAGAAAAAAUAAGAGCAUUUGAAAAUGAGCAAGAAAGUUUAAAAAGGACCUUUGCAUUGUCUCCAACAAAGAAAAUUUGUUUAAUGGGUGUUUUUUUAAUCUUGUGCAUGAACAUAUUUUCUGGUAAACUGUCUCUUGUGCAGGAUUGGCAACCAACAAGGGAUUUGGAAAAAAUACAAAGAUACAAAGGGAGACAACUUUUGUCUUAUCCAGAGAGAGGAGAAAUGGAUCUGAAAACAAUUUUAUCAAAUUCUAACCCACAGAAGUUCCAAGAAUUUUUGAACAGCUACAAUGUAUUUACAGGAAACAAAAGCGAAAAGAAAUGUACAACCUAUUUAAAUCAUACAGAAUCAAUGAAAUUGGCAGAACAAUUAUCAGGAUGGAUGCAAAGGUUUAAACUUGAAAAACAGAAAACCUCAACCAAAAAAUUAAGAAAAUUGAAGAAAUUCCCAAGGUCAAGUUAUUUUCAAUCAAUUAACGGACAAAUUCAAAAGCUGUCAUCUAAGAUCUUGGACAGUCAAUACCAACUGCAACUUUUUAAUUAUAAUCAUAAGCAGGAGGACUUUUGGCAGAUGGUAUCCAAAAGGAAUGACACUUUUUACAUACUUUCGUUUAAUACAGAUUACUACUUGGUUCCUGCUGCUCUUCACAACAGAACUGAACGCCCAAGAAUGUCUUUAUUUAUGCCGGCAUUGUCUCUGAAUGAUUCAGUAAGACCACCAUUUGGAAAAGUUGGCAUGAUACAGAUUGACUGUGAAGUUAAGAAAACAGAAUUUAUUAAUAUGCAGAAAUCCAUGCCUCCAAAUCCAUCACUGCAGCAGAAUAUGACUUACUUCAGUGGUUAUGGUGGAAUUUAAAAAUAGUUCUUCAUCAAUGCAAUGUUGGACCAUAAAAUGAAUCAGUGUGUGCAACAUAUGAAAAAUUUCAUUUAAAGUUCAAAAUUGUGAUACAUAUUUUUUUUUAAUUGAUUUCAGAUCUGAGUUGAUCUUGUUUAAUUAAUGCAACUAAAUACUGGGAAUAACCUAAUGUAUUAGCAAUGAAUACAGUAGGAAUUUUGGAUUUUUUGUUAAAAUAAUUUUUUUUGAUUUAGUUGGGUAAAUUUACCUAAGUUAGCUAGGUGGUUGUUGGGCUCCUGUCCAGAGAAUUACAGUGGUACAUUCCUCUUGCUAUUGUGCCUAUUUAAUUUUAUGUUGUAACUUGUAAACCAAUUGAUAUAUUAUAAGGUUUUGUUUGCUUAAGUGCAUUGACGAUGAAAUGCUCAGGCCUUAAGUUAUUAAAAAAUCUGCACUUGCAUUUUCUCAUUUAUAAAUUUAAGGGGAGAGGAAGGAAAAUAAUUAUUCCAUAAUUACUUCUAUAAUCAAGCAAAAGAAAUAGUGUGCCACAAGUGUUGCUCAUUUAUUUUCCUACCUGUUAUUUUGAUAUUGUGGUACAUUACAAUUUUCAUAUUCUCAUCUUUCAUUGGUUUGUAAAAGACACUGAAAAUGUUCUUUUUGUGUCCAAGGGCAUGUGUGAAGGCAAACCAAGGCUAACUAGUAAUAACAAAUUAUUAGAAAUCCUUGUAGAUACCUGUUGGAGGUGCCUUUUACAAUGAUCCUUAUUAGAGCUGCCUUAAACACUUCUAUGUUGUUUUUUUUAAAGUCAUAAAGAAAUUUAAAGUAUAACUACUUAUAAAGUUCCGGAGUUAUCUUUCUUUUAACAUUCUUGUUCAGGCAAGGGGAUUUUAUAUAAUACAAUAAUGUGUAUCAUGUAAUUUUUAAUCACAUAAUAUAUCUCGCCUAAUAAAAAAUGCUCCCUAAAAAUA